UCGCAACGUGGUCAAACGGGACGCUCCCUGCAACAUCAGGUGAAGUGUACCCUUCUUCAUACUAAUUUUUCCCGAUUCCUUGCACUUUCUCGCGCUGUUCUUCCGGUGCUAUCUCACGCACGUUGUGUAUUGCUCAGCGAGAUCCACGUUUCGUGUCGCAAGACUUAAAGAAUGCGUUACGUGGCCGCUUAUAUGUUGGCUGUUUUGGGAGGCAAAGCCUCGCCAAGCCAAAAUGACAUUGAAAAGAUUUUAUCAUCUGUCGGAAUCGAAACAGAUGCUGAAAAACUGAAAAAAGUUAUAUCAGAAUUGAAUGGAAAGAGUAUCGAUGAACUGGUCGCCAAAGGCAGGGAAAAAUUAUCGUCCAUGCCAGUUGGUGGAGCAGCUGCUGCGGGUGCCGCUGCAGCUCCUGCCAGUGGUGCGGCAGCUCCAGUUGAAGAAAAGAAAGAAGAAAAGAAGCCUGCUAAAGAAGAAUCUGAGUCGGAAGACGAUGACAUGGGCUUUGGCCUGUUCGACUAAAAUGCCUCUUUUUUUAUUAUUCUCACCC